ACUCCUGACUUGGCUUCUCACCAUGUCUUCUCACAAGACUUUCGGAAUCAAGCGAUUCCUGGCCAAGAAACAAGAGCAAAAUCGUCUUAUUCCUCAGUGGAUUCAGAUGAAAACUGGUAACAAAAUAAGGUACAACUCCAAGAGAAGACACUGGAAGAGAACAAAGCUGGGUCUGUAAGGAUUCACACAAUGGCAA